UAGCCGGAGGGCGCUCGAGAGCCCGGCACCGCUCGCCGCGCGGCCGGAAGUGAAGGAGCCGGAGAACGCAGUAGUUAGCAGCGAUGGUGCUGCAGCGCUUGCUGCCCUGGAGUACCUGCCGGACGAUCUUCGGGUCUGCGGAGGCUGCGCUCUGGGGUUUGAAGUCAAUAAAAAGAAGCUGCCACAAUUUUUGUACCGCUAUUUGUCAAGAUGUCACUUAUAUGGAACUGAAAAACCUCCUGAAGUCCAAAAAAAUUAUGUUAAUUGAUGUUAGAGAGCCAUGGGAAAUUCAUGAGUAUGGAAAAAUCCCUGGGUCCAUCAAUAUACCAUUGGAUGAUGUAGGUGAAGCUCUACAGAUGAACCCAAAAGACUUCAAAGAGAAGUACAAGGAAGUAAAGCCAUCCAAAUCUGACAAUCUAGUGUUUUCUUGUUUAGCUGGAGUGAGAAGCAAGAAGGCUGUGGUCACAGCAAUAUCUCUGGGCUUUAACAGUGCUCAACACUAUGCUGGAGGAUGGAAGGAAUGGGCAACCUAUGAACUUUCAGAGAAGAAACAAGAUGGUGACUGCAGCCAUGAAAUUAAAAGAUGCUUGCUCCUUGGAAGAAAAGUUAUGACCAACCUAGACAGCAUAUUAAUAAGCAGAGACAUUACUUUUACAACAAAGGUCCGUCUAGUCAGAGCUAUGGUUUUUACAGUAGUCAUGUAUGGAUGUGAGAGUUGUACCAUAAAGAAAGCUGAGCACCGAAGAAUUGAUGCUUUUGAACUGUGGUGUUGGAGAAGACUCUUGAGAGUCCCUUGGACUGCAAGGAGAUCCAACCAGUCCAUCCUAAAGGAGAUCAGUCCUGGAUAUUCAUUGGCAGGACUGAUUCUGAAGCUGAAACUCCAGUACUUUGGCCCCCUGAUGCGAAGAGCUGACUCAGUGGAAAAGACCCUGAUGCUGGGAAAGAUUGAAGGAGAGAGAAGGGUCGACAGAGGAUGAGAUGGCUGGAUGGCAUCACCAACUCAAUGGACACGAGUUUGAGUAAACUCCGGAAGUGGCAGUGAACAGGGAGGCCUGGCGUGCUGCAGUCCAUGGGGUCGCAGAGUUGGACACGGCUGAGCAACUGAACUGAACUAAACUAAAUCCAAGCUCUUGACUUGUGAUUGGGUAAGUUACUUAACUUUCUGUCCCUAAGGACAAGAACAUCUCUGAAAUGACUGCCUGAGAAUUAAAUGACUUCAUAAGGUAGAGAGCUUAGAAUAUACUCGUUACAUAAUAAGUGCGUGCUCAAUAAAUGUGAUAAGCAUGUUACUUGAAAACAUGGAAGUAACACAACAGCAAAGAAAUGACUAAAAGUUGCUCUGAGAGCAGGAAUAAAAAGCAGAGAAAAUGGAACUGGAUCUGACAUUUUCCUUG